UUUAUGAAAUUAUUUCAAAAAGCAGGUCCAAGGAAAUCUCUUAUCAUGAAAAUUAUUCUCAUAACGACGCUGCUGUUAACGGCCAUAACUACAGCUUCUCUUCUGGAUGGCAGAACAGCGAUUGUUGACAACGCCACUACUACUAACUAUAGAUUGCCAAAUAAUUCACUCCCAAUUUCAUAUUCUAUCAGAUUGAUACCGUACAUCAUCGUAGACAAUUUUACAUUCGAUGGAGAAUCAACGAUUGAACUUGAGGUUCUAAAAUCAAGUUCUUCGAUAACUCUUCACAUACUAAAUCUUACUAUAGACGAGACUGCAACAUCUUUGGUGUCCAGUGGUAAUAAAAACCACAAAAUAGCCAGUCAUACUUACGAUACCAAAAAACAAUUUUUGAUUUUGAAAUUCGCCACCCAUUUGCCAACUGGAAAUUACACACUGUAUUUGAAGUACGUUGGUAAUUUACCCAGUAACAUUUUGGAAGGUUUCUACAGAUCCUCUUAUACCAAUGACAAUGGUCAAACUGUCUGGUUGGCUACCACACAAUUCGCACCAACCGCAGCACGCCGAGCUUUCCCCUGCUGGGAUGAACCUGCACUCAAAGCUACCUUUACUAUUUCUAUUAAACACGAUGUUAACUACACGGCGUUAUCAAAUAUGCCAGUUGCCAAUCAAUCGGCAAUCGACAAGACUGAUAACAAAUUAUGGACAACUUUCAAAACAACACCCAUUAUGUCAACAUACUUGGUGGCUUUUGUAGUUUCCGAUUAUGGAUACGUUAGCAACGGGAACGAAAGAUUCAGAGUUUGGUCUCGCAAAAAUGCUCUUCGCGGUGCAAGUUAUGCAUUGACUCAAGGAGAGUCAGAGUUAAAACAUUUAGAAAAAUACACAUCGAUUCCGUUUGCUUUACCAAAAAUGGAUGAAAUUUCUAUCCCAGACUUUUUCUUCGGUGCUAUGGAAAACUGGGGCUUGGUUACCUAUAGAGAAUCAGAAAUGCUAUACGAAGACGGUGUAAAUUCAACAUUUACAAAACAAAAUGUUGCAAAAAUUAUUUCUCAUGAAAUUACUCAUCAAUGGUUUGGAAAUCUUGUCAGUCCAUCCUGGUGGAAAUAUCUUUGGUUGAAGGAAGGCUUCGCAACUUAUUUUGAAUUUUACAUCACGGAUCAGGUCGAAAAAAAUUGGCACUUAAUGGACCAAUUCAUAGUGCGUUCUUUACAAGAGAAUACCCUUAUAGCAGAUUCUUCCGACACCACACAUCCCUUGAAUCAGGAUGCAUCGACUCCGGAAGAAAUUAAAGCACUUUUAGAUACAAUUACUUACCAAAAAGGGGCUGCUGUGAUUCACAUGAUGUCCAAUUUCCUGACGCCCCCCAUCUUUCGCGCUGGACUCACCAGAUACUUAAAUAAUAAUGCCUAUAAGGCGGUCACAUCCGAUGACCUGUGGAGCGCUUUACAAGAGGUAUCUGACGAAUAUGAAAUUCUGCCGCCUGAGAUUUGCCUUAAAAAGGUGAUGGACACUUGGGUCGAGCAGCCUGGAUUUCCACUGAUCACUGUCACCAGGGAUUAUAAAACUGGAAAAGCUAAUAUCAGUCAGGAACGAUAUUUUCAAUCUGGUGCUAGUGGUGACGGUACCAGAUGGUGGGUUCCUAUCAGUUACACAACUCAGUCUGAUCUAAACUUUUCAUCAACAUCGCCUCGCGAGUGGAUCCCUCAAGCGAAAAAUAAUAUAGUCCUAAACGGAUUUAAGCCAACUGAUUGGACCAUUUUCAACAUAAAAGAAUCAGGUUACUAUCGUGUCAACUACGAUAAAAAAAAUUGGAAAUUAAUAACUAGUUAUUUGGACAGUGACGAUUAUGUAAACAUUCAUCCCCUCAAUCGUGCACAAAUUAUCGAUGAUUCUGGUAACUUGGCUCUUGCCAACCGUAUCAACUUUUCUAUAUUUUUGGAUAUUUCGGUUUAUAUUCGUCGUGAUAUUGAUUACGUUCCGUGGCGAUCGAUGUUGACCGUUAGUAGUUAUUUGUAUCAAAAAUUAGCAAACACAAGAAGCUUCUCGUUAUUCAAGAGAUUUUUCGUGGAAAGUUCUGAAAAAUCCAUUGCUGCUGUCGGAUAUAUCCAGCACGACAAUGACGAACAUCUUGUAAAGUUUCAAAGAAUAAAUAUCAUAACGUUUGCAUGCUUAUACGGCAGUGCAGAAUGUAGAUCCAAUGCAACUGCAAUACUGGCUGCAUAUUUAGAAGAUCCAAUUGCAAACCCGAUAUCGCCUGAUUUGAGAGAUUGGGUUUUUUCUUCUGGAAUCAAGAAUGCAAAUGCAACUGUCUGGAACAUGGUUUUAGAUCUUUAUGCAAAGAGCCCUUCUCUCACCGUAAUUAAUUAUCUUGGUCUUUCCGAAGACGAAGAAAUCUUGACAAACUACAUGAAACUGGCAACAACAGAUAAUUCGACGAUACUGAAGGAGCAUGCAUCUGAUGCGUUCGCGUCCAUUUAUGAUGGCAGCGGUGAUAAUAUAAACUUCGCCUUGGACUACCUCAUCGACAAUUUCGACAAAUUAUAUGAAUUCUGGGACCAACCAACAGAUGAGAUGAUUAGGCAUGUUUCUGCGUUUGGUAACCUCUUAACAACAAGAGAACAGCUCACGAAGUUGAAAGCUUUGGUGGAAAAGCACAGUGAUGUAUUCGGAUCUGAUGGACAAACUGCAAUCGCCAAUGCAGAAUCUAACGUCAAAUGGACUGAUACUUACGAACCAGUUUUCUACGAAUGGUUUACUAAUUUCUACAAGCUGUAAGACGAAGAAUCUACUUCCUGCACCGCUGUUAACGCUGACCGGCACUAACAGCUAGUAAAGGCCAAGAGUCACCGUGAUUAUAACCGAUACUAGAGAAACAUGCGUUACCUAGUAUCAUAAUGUAUCUAACUAUGCAGUUGUCCCUUUUCGAUGCAACGAUUCCAUGGAUAAAUUCACCGUCGAACGAAGGAGUUCCUAAUCAAACCUCUUACGGAACAGUUAUCCUUCUGGAGUCUUGGGUCAAAGAUAGUAAAACUUUUAGUGGCUUCGUUUUCGAAUCAGUGCUGACUAAAACAGCAACAUCAGGAAUCCACACUCGCUUCCGCAGCAGAGAUAGAAACCACUUUAGUACUUUAUCUUUUGAUUGAUGCAACUGAAAUCAUCUCAUCAGCACGGAACAUUCCAAUAAAUGAUAUUUCUGCAUCACCGUUUUCAUCGUU